AUGGCUUUGAACCCGGACGAACAGGAGAGCCAAAUCAUUGUUCCGCCCCAUUCGCCUCCCCCUGAGCAAGAUUACCUUGACAAUGCAUUUCCUGGCGGCGCCGAUGGUUAUCACAAUCGAACUCUAAAUGAUGAACAAAACUUUGACGCUGACGAUGUACAAAUGAUUGAUGUUGUCUCCGAAGCGGGUGAAAUGAUCUUGAAUACAGAACUGAUGCCCCGGCAAUAUCCUUCUCACAAUUCUCAGCAAGAUAGUCACAAGUCUUUGGUUGAGGAAACUCAGUUUGCAGAAAUUGAGAGAGAUACUCAAGCAGUUCGAUAUGAAGAAGAGUCUGUUCAGAAAGACACCCAGAAUGCCAGUUUUGGCUCUCGAUCGCUUGUUGAAAAGACUCAAUUUGCAGCCAUUGAGAUAGAUGCUCAGGCUGUCGAAAAUACUACUCAAUUCGACGAUACAUUUCCAUCAUUUCAAAAGCCGCAUGUCCCGGGGAGUGACGUAUCAGCCGUCAAUGUCGCUCUUCUAACCAAUAUGUCGCCACCCAGAGUGUUUUCGAGGCCUACAGAACCAAAAGAAGCUCCUUAUCGAUUUCCCCCUGCACCAUCUAGCAGAAGAAAUUAUGGAUCGACAGUCCAGAAUGCAUCCGCACCAAGAGUUGCAGCUCAAAGGAUACAGAGAUCCCCCAAAGUAUUGACGAAAGCCUCACGGGGACCUUCAGCAAACCCGGUACAUCAUACGCAGAAGGCAAAUCCUGGAGAUAAUAAUGCUUCUGUAAUUCAUCCCAUCCCCGAUGUUCGUGUCCGUCCAUCUGUUAAGCCGAUUCGGGAGAGAGAAGUAAUCCCUGUUAUUGAUGUUAUGCCAUUGAGCCAGCACCCAUUUGAUACCCACAAUAUGUCUUUAACUACUUCUGCUCAACAUCUGAAAAGCGUCCCUCCGCCAGUUUUCAAGGCUUCCAGACAUCAACAAAUGUCCAAUGUUCUUCCUACUCCAUCUGACAAGCCAGCUCCGGAGCAGAUACUACCUCUUACCAUUCAAAACACGGCAAUCAACGAGUAUUUUUCCGAUACUUGCAAUAUACCUCCACCAAACUCGCUGCAUCCUCCGAGAGGUGUCUCUUCAGUUUUGCGUAACAAAUUUCAACAUCAUCAAAUUCUCGAUAGUGAUCCUGCUUCGACUGUCAAAGCCUGCGGUCCUAAGGAGGCUGUACGACCCAUUACGAGAAAUUACCCAGCGAUCCAUCCUCCUAUUCAAAAGCCCACCAAGCGCAUGGCAUAUCCACUACUUCAGAGAGAAGGAAUUUUUUCAAAUCCAGAUGAUAUCACCCCGCAAUCUGCAAGCCACAAUGAAGGAGCCCCUUUCAGUAAAUCGAACAAUAUGCUGGUGCUGAAAGCUUCUCACAAUGAACAAUCUAAGCUGGUUGGGUUACCUCCACCUCAACAAAAUGCAGCUACGUCGAUCCAUUAUGCGGGUCGUCCCCGGCUAAGACAAAAACCUUCGAAUCAAAUUAAUCGUCUCGGCGUGAGCAAAAUCGAUGUUUAUGGUAACUUGGUCAAGAAAGCUCCAUUCCCAGAAGCUUUUGUGGGCGAACCAAAAUUACAAGCACACCGAGAAAAGUCAAACAAAACUCAGGUACCUGUACCACAGCCCCAAUACUCAGAGCCUCGUCCUGGUGAGAAAGAGCUACCAAACCAGAUUGAAGUAGCUACAGAACCAGAGUCCCAGAGAUUACGUACCAAUGACAGACUUAUCCAAAGAGGAUCGAUGACCCAGUCAGUGACGAAUGCUGAUCCUCUUUCAGUCUCUCAAGUUCAAGUCUUGGAUGACAGAACGGAAGAUUCCCCGGUGAAUCCUGUGGAAUAUGAAGAUGAUCCACAGGUAGAAGAUUCUGAGGAAUUUGAUCAAUCGAUUCCGAAUCCCACAUUUCAGCCAGGCCAUCCCGUCAUGCAAAUCGAUCGGCAUUCUCCAGUAAAUCGGAAGCCUUCGCGUACUGUGACUCAAGCAAAUGUAUCCCGAACUCAGACACCUCGGCCUCAGACAACUCCACGAACUCAGGGUGGGCAUGAGGCUCAGCGAAAAGCCUUAAAUAGACCACUUAAACCCCAUGACCUCGUACCUCAAGGAGUAUCUGAGGUAACAUCGAGUCAUAUUAGUGUGUCCAAAGUCACCAAAUUAGCAGCUGUCCAUUCUGAACAUGAGAAAAAUAAAACUGGAGAUCACGUCAGUAGCUACCAAAAGAAAUCUUCACCAGAUUUCGGUGCUCUUCAUAAAACUCUCGCUGAGUGCCAGAUACAACAAGACGUUAUCAAAAAUCAAGAGAAUCAGAUCGCAAUUCUCAAUGCUCAGUUGCAAGAUGCAGAAGCGCGGUUGCAAGAUACAAAUCUAAUCAACGAAGAGUUGGAGGCAAGCAAAGCUGAAUUGUCAAAGAGAGUUGAGAGAUUGAAUCAUUUAUCCAACUGCUACAGAGAACACAUCAAUAAUGUUGUCAAUUGCCAGAAGACUCUUAGGCAAGAUUCAUUAAAUAUGAAGGAAUCGAUGGGAAAGUUGGAAGCAUUAAAGAGUCAAGAGAUUAGGAAUAGUGAUGCUCAAAUGAAGAAAAUGAGGCGUCUAUUGGAGGAAAUCAAGCAAGUUCGAAAGGAGCAGAUUGAGCGAGACACGACUAUUCCACUCUUAGAAGAUUUGAGUAAACAGAAUGAUCAACUUCGAUGUGAGAAUGAACGCCUCAAAGCUGAUAAUGAUUCAAAGUUGAUAGAACUCGAGCAAGAACGUUGUUACAUCGAGCAACUUCAAAGUCAAAUUAACGGCGAUCUGGACCGCCACAAAGAAGUAAUGGAAAUUCUCCAAAAACCACAAGUAGACACCCUCGGAGAACUUACAAAAGAAGACGGGAUUCUCAAAAAGGUUUUGAAUUCUGCCGAGAGUGUCAAUGGGAAGUUUGAGGAAAUGUCAAAGACAUUCACCAGUUCUUUCAACCAAACAUUGGAGUGGCCACAAACUCUGACAAAGAUUCUCGAAGAAUUUUACUCUAGAAUUGAAACGAAGUUUGAUGAUAAUGGCAGUAAGGACACUAAUUUUCAGGAGUCUACUAUCAAGCUCUUUGAUGAUCUUAAAGAACGUCUCAAUCAAAUCAGUGGUGAUAUGGAUGAAAAGACCAAGCUCAGUGAGCAGAUCAAUAUGCUUCGAGAGAGCAACGCAACUUUUAAGGCGAGUCUGAAUUCAAAGGAAGCAGACUUGGAGAAUAAUGUCGCACGAAUGGAUGAACUAACCAGAGAGCUGGCAGAUGCUCAUUCAGAGUUAAUGGAGAAAACCCAGCAACUCGCAAUCUCACUUGCUCAACCGAGAGAAGACCUCGAAUUGAAGAGAAAGGUCGACGGAUUGACCAAUGAAACUUCGAGACUGGAGGGCCUUCUUACCGCUGCCAACCAUGACAAGCGACAAACCGAGAAAGAUAUCCAAGCUCACCAAGCGACAAUUAUCACUACCCAAAAACAGUUACGCGAUACAGAGGAAAAAUUCCGAGAUGUCGAGUCUAACAUGCAGGCGUUAGAGGCAGAGAAGCACAAGUUUCAAAGAAAUUGCAUAUCAACCACAGAAAGAGUUCGACAGGAGACCGCACGGGUUGCUAUGUCUCAAACAAAAGAGUUACUCGCUCAACAUGACUCCUUGGUGAAUGAUCUCAAACACAAACAAGCAGAAACUGAGAAGAGACUCCAAACCGCAAUUGAGAAAUCAAAGACAUUUAAAGAGGCGACUGAUAAGCAUACGAAAACUAUCAGCGAGCUUGAGUCAAAGAUAGCUACAUACAAAGACCAGUUUUUACAGCAAAAGCAUCAGCUUCAAAGAUUAGAGGAAAGCUCCAUAUCUCCUGAUCAAUUUCAGAAAUUCGAAAGAGAACACAAACAAGAGAUUUUAUCAAUCCACAGAGAGCAAGCAAGCCAACUUGCAUCAUCACAAGCUUGUCGAGAGGAAAUUCGUAGAAUUAAAGAUGAACUCGAAGGAGCUCAUAGAAGACUCGGUGGAAUGAAUGAAGAAAAUGAGCAUCUGACGAAGGAGAAUGAUCGUUUACGAAAGCGUUUGGAGGAUAUGAAUACGAUGACUGAGAAUACUCAAGAUGUGAUUGGCAAUCCUCAUCGUGUUGACGACAUUCAACCAAUAUCGCUCAACAAUAAUCGAUCGUCUUCACGCAGACCUGCUGAGCGGCGAUCUGGCAAUUUCCAUUCUCAACCUCUUGAAAAGGGCAUGGGAGAAAAUCAACAUAGAGUCUGUGAAUUCCAAACUGACGAAGCAAACAAACCCUUUUCACGAACUUUAUCGUCUUCGCAAACAUAUGGCGACAACAGGGGCGGAAGUCAGAGUCCAAUCAAACCAUUCUCUACUAUUGCUACUCUCGCAACAAGCCCUUUGACUGAUCUGGAGGAUGUUAUGUCAAUCGUUCAAUCGGCGCAUAGUCGGGAGGAUUUAGAUCGAGUAUACAGCAAAAAUCGUCAGCCAUCGAAUGAUAAGAUUGCACAGAUGGAGAGCCGACCCAAGUACUAUCCUUAUGGAGAUGAACACCUUGGGACCCCAAAGUCUAAAAUUAACAAAGUCAUGCUUACUCUCGAAGGAGAAUUUGUCGAUACACCAAGUCGAGCAUCUAGGACCAUUCUUUCAGUUGCAGAAGAAUCUGUUCAACGCCGAACGAACAAGCCACUUAAAUCCGCUUUGAAGAAAGGCGAUCACCAGGACUAUUCCAUUCCUCACGAUGCCUCACAAGAUCAAGUUCAUAACCAAGACGAGAGACUUUUUAAAAAGCCGCCACUAAGAAAAAAUCACGGUUCCAGUAUCGGACUUCAAGCGACACGCGGGACUGGUACAGGCAGCUACAAUCGUAUUGCUAGUGGAGAACCGAAAGUUGCAAGCUCAAGGGCACCAGAAACUCGAUAUAAGCCAACACCUGAGAUCAAGCGAAACGCUAUAAAGAGAGCAAGAUCAAGUUCAUCCCUUAAUACUCAGGGUCUACAGCCGACCAAACCUGCGAAAGCUCCAAGAAUCAACCACCGCCAGUCAAUUAACAAGACAAUCAUUCCCGACUCUCAGUGA